GAAAGUUUCCUUCUUUGCAUCAAGAUGGCGAGUUCUCAUAUUUGCUCAUGUUUUGGCAAAUUCCAGCCACGUUACAAACGUUUGGUAGAUAACAUUUACCCUGCCGAUCCACGCCAAGGUUUAGUGAAAGCAAAUAUGGACAAGCUAAUAUUUUACGCUCUUUCUUCGCCCGAAAAACUAGACAGAAUCGGGGCAUACUUGGCGAAGAAAUUAAACAGAGACGUAGAGCGUAGAAGAUUUGGACUUGUGUUCAUUACGGUGGAAGCCCUUGAUCAACUUUUGUUGGCAUGUCAUGCACCUAACUUGAAUUUGUUUGUCGAGAGCUUUUUGAAAAUGGUACAGAAAUUGCUUGAAAGUUCAGAGACUGAUUUGCAAGUUCUCGGCAGCACCUCUUUUGUAAAGUUUGCAAAUAUCGAAGAAGACACUCCCUCAUAUCAUCGGCGUUACGAUUUUUUUGUUUCAAAAUUCAGUGCGAUGUGUUGGUUCAGCUCUGGAAGUAAAAACGACUGUUCUAGAAUUCGUCUAGCUGGUUUAAAGGGCUUGCAGGGUGUUGUUCGAAAAACUGUCUCAGAUGAUCUCCAAGCCAACAUUAUGGAUGAUACUCACAUGAGUAAGAUCAUACCUUCUUUGCUAUUUGUCAUGGAAGAGAGUGGAAAAGUUAAACUGUCAAGUACUGAAGACAUACAGGCCUCCAAUACUGAGGAAGAUCCAGCUUCUCUUGCAGAAUCCUGCCUGCGGGAAUUAAUUAACAGAGCUAGUUUUGGAAACAUCAAAUCAAUUGUUAAUCCAGCUCUGACCCAUUUUGACAAGAGUGAGCUAUGGGUACCCAAUGAGUUUGCUCUCAAGGUAUUCAAGAUUAUUUUGUACUCAGUGCAGAAUCAGUUUAACUACAUCAUUAUUGAGAAGCUCCUUUCUCAUCUGGACAAUCACAUUAGAGACAGAGCUAAAGUAAAAGCCAGCAUUGUUCAAGUGCUAGCUGCUUGUGUUUCAAUUGCCAGCAACAGCUCCAUUGGUCCAGCAGUGUUAGAAGUCUUCAACACACUUCUCCGUCAUCUGCGUUCAUCCAUAGAUGCCAGAUUUCAUGAUGCUAAACAAGGUGAUUCUACUGAUGAUGAUGAUGAUGAGAAAGAAUUUGAGGAGUCUCUAGUCAGCACAGUGGGAGCAUUUGCUGCAGUUUUACCUGACUUUCAGAAAACAGAUAUUAUGAUGUUUAUCAUGGGAAAGUUUCCAUUUGUUGACAGAAUUCAAGCUUCUGGGCACCAUCUAACUCAGGAGAAUCACAAUCGUGCAAAGAUCUCAGGAGACAGUGUUCUUCAAAAGAUGCUUUUGCAGUGUAUGCAGAGUGUUGCUUUAAGUUUCACCUCCGUCUCAUUGGUUACCACCUUCUCUCCAACAUUUCUUGAGUCAUUGCUUCAAGCCACUAUUGUUCACGAUUUUUCAGUAAGAAGACUUGCUCAAGAGAUUCUCUACACAUUGCUUGAUCGUCAUGGUAAUGCUAAGAAGCUUGGUUGGAAUGGAGUCUUAACUAGAGGUCAAGAGACUGAAUUGACAGUGGUAGACUGCUCCAAACAGGACCUCAUUUUUUUCAAGAAGAACAAAGAUGAAAUGUUAUGGUAUUUGUAUGAAAGUGCCUGCAUGAUUACAAACUCGGUGGAAAAUUUUCUUGCUAUCUUCUUGACCUUGGGGGUUAUUACUACAGAAGUAGCCAGUGACUUUGAAAUUAUUUCAAGUCUAGUGCAGUUUGUGUUUGGCUUACAAAGUGUUGCCCUAGAUGAUAACUUACUUCUACCAAGCAUGAACCGCUGUGCUCUUCAUUCCCUUGUGGCAGGGUAUCUCCACCUAGUUGCCCUCCUUACCGGAAUUCAAGCCUUCAAAGAUUAUGUUUCACACAUAAUCCAGCUGAGAGAAAAAGAAGCAGACUUUUUAACUCCAGAAAGAUCUCUGAGGUUAAUGGGCAAUCAUAUUGUUCUUUCAGCUCAUAGCAUCCCUAAGCAUCUCCUUUUUGACAUUUCCAAUGUCAGAGAAGUUCUUCAUAAAGUAGGAUCUGACGGCCGAUCACUAAAGGCACCUUACAAACAUCAGCCAUUGAAGGAUGUUUUAAAUCACCGGCUGGAAGGUAGAUCUGUGGUAUCAGAUAUUAACAGUGAUCUUGAUGGAAAUCCUCCCAGUUCACCUGGGAUACACUCCCUAACCCCAAAGGAGAGAAUAACAUUUCAAAUGCUUAAAGACAUUGUUUCAGAAAAGUCAAUGAUGACCUUAAACAAGAAAGAAAAGACUGGUUUAGCAUCAAGUUUUUCGGAAAUCGCAGGUGAAUCAUGUGCAAGAACACAAGAGUUCAAUUCAAAGAUGUUGUCAGUAUUGGAUGCCCUGAACACCCCACUUCAAUCAAGAGCAUUGAGUAUGUCAACACAGAGCUUGUCUUCAAAUCCCAGUGAGGAGUCCUACAUGAUGAAAUUUCCAGGACAGUAUGUUUAUUAGAGAAAUUAAGAGUCACAUUAAUUAUUUUGUUAAUUUACAUGAUUUUUCUGUGGGAUGUGGGGGAUUGCAGAAGAGAAUAUUUAAACACAAAGUUUGUACAGUAAAAUGUUAAUUUGAACACUGUUCCUGAUAGCCAGUGUAAUAAUAUUAAUUAAUGAAAUAAUUUUUUAUUCUUAUUGGUGAAGAGAAAGGAAAUUUUCAUAAAACUAAAAAAAAGUUUUAGAAUUUUUUUUUUGCACUGAAUUUUCUUUGUUUUUCUACACUGUGAUCCCUAAAAAUUUUGUUUCUCCUACAUAUUGAUAAGCUAUCUUUUUUCAUGAAUAAUAACUGAUAAUGUGGUUCCAGCGCAUUCACAAAUUACAAUAUUUGCUAAAACAUGUUCAAAUGCUAGAUGGUGUGCAUGGUGCUCUGGUUAUCACUAGUUGAUUAGUUUGUCAUCUGAUCAAUUACCUUGGCCUCAGUGCACCAUAUAGAUGAAACUAAACCUUGGGUGCAGGGGGGGGGGGCAAGCUACUUCCCAUACAUUCUCUUAAAUGAAAUCCAAACGAUGUUCUCACAACUUGCAAAGAGAUCAGCAAGGGUCUUGCCAGCGGAUUUGUGUACUGAUCAUGCGCAUUACGUCAAAAACCAUAGAUCAACGGUCUUGAGAAAAAACAAAAACAUGGCAGUCAAAGGCGGGACUGUUUCUCACUAUUAUAUUUUGGUAAUUCGCAAAUUUAUUGAUUUUAUGUCGCUUUUCAGACAUAGUGUGUGGUUUUCUUGUUCUGUUAAACAAUUUCCCUUUGCAGAGUUUGGAAUAUGCAACAUAUAGCUAGCUCCGUAUAGCUGCUAAGAAAAGGCCACCGAAGAGUUGAGCUAUCGAGCAGUGUUUUGCUGCAAACCUAAGGAAAGUUAAAGUCGCUUCAAGGUACAGAGCUUUCAGUAGUAGUUUUGAUUUGUUUUAGGAUCGUUUUGAAUUUUAACUUUGGAUUCAAGGUGUUGACUGAUCGAAAUAAACGAAGUGAAAUGUUAUGAAGUGUUAAUUUUUAUUCAGUUAUGAUAUGUGGAGCAAUAAGCUCAUAUUUAUAAAGCUUUCUUGAAUAUACUUGCUUCCGAGAAAUUUGACACUUGCUCCAGUAUUUUUUUAUAUCAGCAUCAAGUUAUCCUUGCCCGGCAAAACCGAUGUAACCUAUAAAUAGAUCCAUCGAGCGCGUUGUUGUUGGUUAAGAUCUAGCACGGUUGCGUUUUAGUUUCCCCCGCAUUUCAGUACCGAAAGACAAAUACUAUAUGCAAGAAAAACAAAGUUGCAUGAUAUAAUUUUUUCAAUUUAAGCAUUUCUGAUUUCCUGUGCCGGUUCGAUUCAAUUCUUGCUUCUAAAAUAUUUACUGUGGGAAAAAUACUGUAAUUAUCCGCUGACCACCACGCUGGGUGACCGCUUUGCAAGUUGUGAGAACAUCGUUUCUCGGUCCCAGACCUCGCCUCCCCCGGCUCUGGUAAGUCCAUCUGCAAGCCACUCAGUGGCAAAAUUGUUCUUUUGGGCCCCCACCUGUGUAACAAGGGUUAAGUACGCAUGAUUAGCCGGUUAGAAAAGCUAUUGUUCAAUAGACCAAUCAGGCUGGAGAGAAAUUCAAAACAAACUAAUUUGUUGAGUCUGUUAGGAUCCAGAACAGCGAUCUUAGUAUUGCUUCGCAGACCAGACCCAGCAAAUCAGGGUUAGAUUGUAUCUGUGAGGCAUGCUAAGGACUUUUAGUCAAAAUCAGCUUAUUACUAAUUUAUUUGUGUGGAGGCUGAAUUUCCUUAAUUUUGUUAUAAGGCCAUUCAGGCAAUGAAGUGCUGAGGUGAGUGCUUCACCAAUUCAAAAUGAAGAUUUAACUUUCUUAGAAACGAAGGGAAGAAAUGUUGAUUAUUCAUCAGCACAACUUGUGCAUGCCUACUGCUCAAAAGGGAUAUUAUGAUAAUACCCUAAAAAUUGGACCGUUUAUAAUGGUUUAUCUGUUUUACAGUAAAAAUUGUCUGGCAUGUUAAGACAAAACUUAAUACAAAGUGUGUGCCACUUGGUACAAUACAAUACACAAGUAAAAUUUGACUUUGAGAAGAAAUAAAGCUUAAUUUAAUGCCCGGGGUUACUCCUUAUAAUGGCCGGUAUGGGAAGGCCACGGAUACCUGUUACAGGCUUUAGGUAUAAGAAAGGGUAAAAUUUUAAGGGAUCAAAGUUCUAAAUUAGGUAUGAGAAAGGAGUACCUUUUCUGUCAAAAUUGUCGUAUCUAAUAGGUAAGGGGGGUGUUGGACCCCUGAGGAGCAGAGCCUACCCAUAUAAAACCUUGUGGAGUACCUCCCCUCCCCCCCUCCCUC